AUGUCGCUGCGGGCCGUCGCAACGCACGCGCUCUUGCGCCGGAGCGCCGGAGCUCCGCGUCUCGCUCGCCGCCUCGCUUGGUCCGGCUCAUGUCUUCUUCGGCCGUAUUCCUCUCAAUCCGAGCCGACACAGCCCAGGACCUUGGGCCAAAACAAGCCGCCGUCCGUCGUCGUCCGCGGCAAGUCCUACAAGACGGACUGCGACUGGUUCAACGUGCCGCCCAACGUCCUCGACGCCACGUCGCGCAAGCUUCACCUCCAGCGCGACCACCCCGUCUACAUCACGCGCCAGAUCAUCGAGUCGCACUUCCCGCAGCCCACGUACAAGUACUACAACGAGUACAACCCCGUCGUCUCGACGCACCAGAACUUCGACUCGCUAGGCUUCCCCGCCAACCACCCAGGGCGGGCGCUGACGGACACAUACUACAUCAACGACACGACCCUCCUGCGGACGCACACGAGCGCCCACCAGGCCGACACGUUCCGCGCCAACGAGAGCGAUGGCUACCUCAUCUCGGCCGACGUCUACCGCCGCGACGAGAUCGACCGCAGCCACUACCCCGUCUUCCACCAGAUGGAGGGAGCAAGGUCGUGGGACCGCCAAAAGGUGCCCGGCGGGGACGUGGCGGCCGCCGUGCGGCGCGACCUCGAAACGCUGCCCAAGCAUAGCGUCACGGUCGAGGACCCGAACCCGCCCUUCCACGACGAGCGCAACCCGCUGCAGGAGGGCCACUCGGCGGCCGAGGCGACGGCCAUAGGCGAGCACCUCAAGCGAUCGCUCGAGAACAUGGUGGUGGACAUAUUCUCGCGGGCCAAGGCGGCGGCGCUCAAGGACGACCCUACUUUUGUGGACGAGCCGCUGCAGAUGCGCUGGGUCGAGGCCUACUUUCCCUUUACAAGCCCGUCAUGGGAGCUCGAGGUGUACUACGCGGGCGACUGGCUCGAGGUGCUGGGGUGCGGCGUGGUCAAGCAGGACCUGUACAAGAACGCGGGAGUGCCGUCGCAGCUGGGCUGGGCGUUUGGCAUCGGCAUCGACCGCAUCGCCAUGCUGCUGUUCAAGAUCCCGGACAUUCGGCUGUUCUGGUCGCGCGACGAGCGGUUCCUGUCGCAGUUUACGGGGGUCUCGGACCGGCUCGACACGUUGAAGCGGUUCGUACCGUUUUCCAAGUACCCGCCGUGCCCCAAAGACGUGUCGUUUUGGCUGCGGGCGACGUCGCCGGCCGGAGGCAACACGCGAGGCACCUUCCACGAGAACGACGUCAUGGAGAUUGUGCGCAGCGUGGCGGGCGACGUGGUCGAGGACGUGCGGGUGAUUGACGAGUUUACGCACCCCAAGACGGGGCGCAAGAGCAUGGCGUACCGCAUCGUGUACCGCAGCCUCGAGCGGACGCUGACCAACGACGAGGCCGUCGAGUUUCACGAGGCUGUCCGGCAGGCACUGGUGCGAGAGCUGGGUGUCGAGCUGCGGUGA